GCCCGCCCGCCCCUUGGCCUGUCGCUCAGCCCAGGCGGCCCACGGUCCUUUCCGAGCGUGUGGCCGGCCGGCUUGUUUGCUAGCUGCUCUGUUUGGUGAUCCUCCGGGGCGGCCAUGGCAGAGCCACAGCCCGCGUCCAGUGGCCUCACUGAUGAGACCGCCUUCAGCUGCUGCUCCGAUCCGGACCCCAGCACCAAGGACUUUCUAAUGCAGCAAACGAUGCUGAGAAUUAAGGAUCCUAAGAAGUCCCUGGAUUUUUAUACGAGGGUUCUUGGACUGACCCUCCUCCAGAAGAUUGACUUCCCUUCUAUGAAGUUCUCACUCUAUUUCUUAGCGUAUGAGGAUAAGAAUGAUAUCCCCAAGGACAAGUCGGAGAGGACAGCGUGGACGUUCUCCAGAAAAGCCACCCUUGAGCUCACACACAACUGGGGCACUGAAGAUGACGAGACCCAAAGUUACCACAACGGCAACUCGGACCCUCGCGGAUUUGGUCACAUUGGGAUUGCCGUUCCUGACGUCUACGGUGCCUGUAAGAGAUUUGAAGAACUAGGUGUCAAGUUUGUGAAGAAGCCGGAUGACGGGAAAAUGAAAGGUCUGGCGUUCAUCCAAGAUCCUGACGGCUACUGGAUUGAGAUUCUGAAUCCUAACAAAAUAGCAACGAUUAUUUAGUUCCGUGAGAAUGUGCCUUCGAGGUGUCAGGGACAGCGGGCACAAGAAACAACGUGAUUCAAGAUGCUGCGGUGGCCAGAAGCAUGGGGGACUGAUGGGUCUCUGCUCCAGUUCAAAUCCAGUUCAAAUCCUUCUGAGACCCUUUUCAUUGUCCUCAUUCAGUGGGUUUUUAAAAGUCUUCCCUACGUAGUCCCCUAAUUUUCAAGUAGCAAUUUAUCUUAUGACCUUGACAAAGUUGUGUGACUUUACUUUUAAGAUAAUAAUUAGAACAGUUCCCUCUAGAGACCACAGUUGCUAGGGCCUGUCUCUUAAAGACUACUCAAGUCUGGUUCUGAUUCAUCAUUUAAAAUUUUGUUUCAAAUGUUUCUUUUUGGGGGUCCAUUACCUUCGGGGGUUUCAUUUCCUCAGAAAUAACUUUCCAUAGUGGAAAGUACAGAGCAGUGAACAGAAAUCAAAUUUUUUUGUGUGUACUUCAAACACCUUAGUGUUUAUCUUACAAAAGAGAAGGCACUCCUGAGAGCAAUUCGGAAUCAUGCUGACAAGGACACAGAUAGAAAUACUAACUUUUUUUUUUUUGUAUCUAUCAAGUACUUUCAGCAUUCAAGGACUAACUUUACUUUUCUGGGAUUGUGGAGGAGGAAGGCACUAGACAGUGGGCUCAGCUGUAGCACCCUGUAUGUGAACGAACGCUACAGUUACCAUGUGAGAAGGCAAGCAGCUGGAUAUCCCGAGUAACCUGACUGAAGGCUUGGGAGGUGUUUCUAGUAGCUGAUGAUGCCUCACAGUACCUCCUGCUCCACUGGGAAACCUGCAGUGAGUCUGGCCUUGUGCUCUUGACUCUCACACUCGGCCUUGAAUACCACCUAGAAAGCGGCCCAGAGGUCUAUAGGACAAGGCUGCUGUAGGGGACACCUGUGAGUGAGCCCUCCCCACCCCACGGUCUUCACGAUGCUUGCAAUCAUGUAGGAUAAGUUACCUUCGGUACUAAGAGGUCUGGUGUUAGCUCUGUGGUCUUCCCUGCUGAGUGAGGAUGGAGGGACUCUCAGAGGCGAUUUGGAGAUUCAGUGACUGGAGGACAAAACCCAAUCUGACUGCAGCGAAAUUUCCUGCCCUCUGAGGUGGAAGACGCGGGUGGGCAAUGCCAAGCGUGACACAGCUAUGGGCACUGUCUCUUCUCGGGAUGGAAUGGAUUUAUGUGAGCAGUUUAAAUACAUCCUAGGCUGAAAUAAAGCUAACGCAGUUGAAUACAUAAA